AUGGCCGACCGAUUUCCUUCGUUAGACGAGAUUGAUGCUGGCCAGACUGAAGCGCGCGGCGAUGCAGCAGACUUCGACAUUGCCGGCGAUGACAACGAUGCCAGCAACUUUCUGGACCGUGAACGCGCUCUCCUCGGAGACGAUGCCGACCAGUUUGCCUCAGAAAACGACCGGGCCGCGACGGUUGAGGAUGGCGACGAUGACCUGCUUGGGGGAGACUUCAGCCAGGCCAACGUGGGCGGCCAGGAGAUGAGCGGCUUCGAGAGCUCUUUCCCCGCCAUCGACACGACCAACGAUCACAUGGCUCCCGGCGGCACCAUCACAGGCUCCAGCUUGCCCUUCCUCCCCGGUCAACCAGCCCCAUCCUUCACCCCACAGCGAUCAGACUCACCCGAACCCGACGUCAUUCGGGAAUGGCGCGAGCGCCGCGACCUCCAGAUCCAGCACCGCGACGAGGUUUCCCACGAGCGCAAAGAGAGGACGAUCAAGGAGGCCCAGCAGAACAUUGACGACUUUUACGAGAACUACAACAACAAGAAGGACAAGGAGAUUGCCAAGACACGAAAGGAGGCUGAGGAGUUCCUCGCAAACCGCGACGACACCACUGCAGGCGGCACCAGCUGGGAGCGCAUCGCCAAGUUGGUUGAUCUGAGUGGAAAGGGCACCAAGGGCGGCGCAUCAGGUAGCGAAAAGGCCCGAUUCCGAGAACUACUGCUCAGCUUGAAGAAAGAUGAGAAGGCACCGGGUGCCACUGGAUAUUAG